AUGAUAGUGGCGCUGGAUGGGUAUCAUCGGUUGCCAAGGAUUAGGCAUGUUAUAGCAGACCAGUCCCAGGUUUCUUCCGUUUUCAACCUUGAGUACAUGAGUAUUGAACUGAAACAGCGCUUGCCAAAAUUCCUUUUCGUGCUCAUGAAGGACAUCAGGAGAAGACAUAUAGCAGACUCCAGGGUCUGCGGAAUACGUUUCAGGGUUUGCGGGAUUCCUCUUCCAUCUAUAAUCUUCCAUCUUCUCCAUCUUCCAUCUUCCAUCUUCCUCUGGUGCUCGUCUUCGUCCUCUUCUGCCGUGAGAUCUAUUACGUCGGGAACAUUUCUCGUCGAGGGAUUCUCAACAACCUCUUCUGCGCCGAUCUCCACGUGUUCCAAUUUUGCUCGCUCUGCAUUUUCUGUCUCGGCUUUGCGGCUCAUGAACGCGCGCCAACUCGCCUGGAUGCGUUCGGCCGCAGCCUUUUCAACCUUCUUUCGCUCGAACCUCUUCGCCUCUGCCUUACCGCGCAACCACGCACGAACACUCGUCUGA